CUCGACGGCCGGUGCCUUCCCGCCAUUUUGUCUGAGGGAGCGGUGGGCGAGACGGGACAGUGGGCUCUUCCUCGGCCGCCGCCCUUGCUGCGAACGGGGGCAAGAAAGAUCCGAGCCGCCAGUCGCGAUGGCGGCACCCGAGUCCGAGUGCCCCGGGUCGGGCGCUGAAGACGCGUCGCCGCAGGUCCUCCCUCCCCCUUCGAGCGCCGCCCCGGUGGGCCGGCGCCUGAGCGACCUGCGGGUGAUCGACCUGAGGGCCGAGCUGAAGCGCCGCAACCUGGACACCGGCGGCAACAAGAGCGUCCUCCUAGAGCGCCUCCGCAGAGCCAUUGAGGAAGAAGGGGGAAAUCCUGAUGAAAUUCCAGCCUCUACCGAGAUUACCAACAAGAGGACACCCAAAAGAACCGUAAAAGGACGUAAACCAGAAGAAGAAGAUGGUGAAGAUAAUGGAUUGGAGGAGAACUCGAGAGAUGGGCAGGAGGAUACUGAAGCAAGUUCAGAUAACUUGCAGGAUAUUUACAUGAUGGACAUCAGCGUGUUAGAUGAAGCUGAAACAGAUAAUUCCAGUGCCAUCGACUGCAAGGAUGAUUACAUCACUGAAAAUGUUCUUGACUCUGAUGAGAAAGAUAAUACUGAUGCAGAACUGAAGGAACUUCCUGAUCAGUUGAUGGAUAACGAGGAGAAUGGCGAGGAACUUGAUAAAGUGCUGGAUGCUGCUUCUCCUAAUGUAGCUGCCGUGAAGGAUUCGGAAGAACAUCAUACAGAGCCAGAAAAUGAGAAAAUGCUCGACAUUUUGGGUGACACUUGUAAAUCUGAGCCCUUUAAAGAAGACACUUCCGAAGCGGAGCAGGCACAGGAAGCGAAAAGCCCGUUGGCGGGCAAAAAGGCAGCGGAGGAAGAGGAAGACGCACUUGCCACCGCCGCCCCUCUGUCGGAAGAAGACCUUUUAGAUACGAAGAGCCCCUCCGCCCCAGCUGCGGGCGGGAAGCAGGAGGAGGAGGCAGAGGCAAAGCACUUAGUGGUAGCGGCAGGGGAGCCGAGCGAGCAGACAGGCGAGGAAGCCCAGCCGGACUCGGACUCUGUAGCAGUAGAGAGCAGGAGUGGUGGUGGUGGUGGAGGAGGAGGAGAUGAUGAUGAGGGUAGCAAAACAGCAGCCCAGAGUCUGGAAGCCAGUAGUGAGGCCAGUGCGGCCAGCCAAGAGGCCGCGAAGACGGAAGAGAAAGCUCAGUGUGAGGAAGACUCCUCCUCUGCCACUAGAGAGGCCUCUGCCCCAGAGGGUGGUGAUCAGAACACGAGUUUGGAGGAGAACAAAGACACAAAGCUGGCUCCAAAAGAAGAGAAAGGUCCCAGUGCUGCCGCUUCUGGCCGGAACUUCUGGGUGAGCGGCCUUGCUUCCACCACCCGAGCGACUGACUUGAAGAACCUCUUUAGCAAAUACGGAAAAGUGGUGGGCGCAAAAGUGGUCACCAAUGCUCGCAGUCCAGGCGCUCGGUGUUACGGUUUUGUGACUAUGUCCACAGCAGAAGAAACCACAAAAUGCAUUGCGCAUUGCCACAAAACGGAAUUACAUGGGAAAAUAAUAUCUGUUGAACGAGCCAAAAAUGAACCUGUUGCUAAGAAGCCCUUGGAGAAAAAGGAAAAUGAGGUGAAAAGUGAUGCAUCGGCCAGUGACAGGUCUCCCGGCACCAAAAAGAGUGAGAAGGGAGACCAGAAAGAAGAUGCCAAAAAAACUGAAGAGAAGGAUGAGAAGGGGAAAGAAGAAGUGAAAGCUGGAUCAGCAGACCAGUCUAAAACCCCCAAAUCAGGAAACAAAGCAACAGAAAGGACUGUGAUAAUGGAUAAAUCUAAGGGUGAACCGGUCAUUAGCGUAAAGACGACAACUACAUCAAAAGAUAGAAGUGUCAAGAGCCAGGAUCGUAAAUCGGAAAGCAGGGAAAAGAGCAAAGAGAGGCAAGGGACCGCGCCCUCUGACAAAAACAAGGAGCAGAAACGGCCGAGAGAUGUAGAACACCGCAGUACCCGGGAGCGUCGAGAUAAACAGCAGCGCUUGCAAGCCAUCUGGGAGCAAGAAGAGCGGGAGAGGCUCGAGAUCGCCCGGGAGAGGCUGGAAAUCGAAAGGACCCGCCUGGAGCGAGAGCGCCUGGAGCGGGAACGUCUGGAGCGGGAGCGCAUGCACAUUGAGCAUGAGCGGCGACGGGAGCAGGAGCGCAUCCAGCGCGAGAGGGAGGAGCUGCGGCGGCAGCACGAGCAGCUUCGCUAUGAACAAGACAGGCGCGUGGCGUUGAAGCGUCCGUACGACGUAGAUGGGAGGCGAGAUGACCCCUACUGGCCAGAGUCAAAGCGGAUGGCUUUGGAUGACCGCCACCGCUCGGAUUUUAACCGUCAGGACCGGUUCCAUGAUUUUGACCACAGGGAUCGUGGCCGGUACCAAGACCUUGACAGGAGGGAAGGGUCGCGAGGAAUCAUGGGAGACCGAGACGGACAACAUUAUGCAGAUGAGCGCCAUGGGAGACCAGAUCGACACUCGCGGGACAGCUGGGGCAGCUACAGCUCUGACCGGCACUUGAGCGAGGGGCGGAGCAUACCGUCUCGAGAUGGACGAAGCUGGGGACAUCACAGUAGGAAAUUUGAUGACAGCCAGGAUCGCUCCUGGCAGAGCAACACACAUGGAUGGCGAGGUGGGGGCAGAGGGAGACGCGGCUAUAGGAUUCGAGGUGGAAUGUCUGGGCGGGGUCGCUUCGUGCCCAGCAGCACAGAGGGCCAAGCCUCGCAUGGUGGAGAGGCAGAAGAUGAAGGCUUCUCAGGGCAGGACAGAGGGAGCCGGCCCAGCGAUCCUCGGUUCAGUCGCCGCUAUUGAAUGUUUUAUCGGCUCCCCCGCCCCCCCGCCCCGUCCCCCCAACUGUACAACGGCAACAGAGACUACAACACUACUGCUCAGUGUCCCACUGACUGUGACUCUUAAGUUAACCUUUGUUGUUUUACUUCGUAGCUCAAAAUGUGAACCCAUUCAGGUUUGGGGUUGUUUUUUUCCCCCUCUUUGUUUUGUUUUUUGGUAACGUGUUCCUGUACGUGCUACCCUUACAACUACCCCCCCUUAAAAGAAAAUGCAUUUCUUUUAU